CAAAAAUGCCAAAUAUAAUGCAGCGAAUGCAUUCAAUUCUCGGCAGAUACUGUGGGAAAGUGGCCGGUGCUGCAGAACUUUAGUCGGAAUUGGUGGCGCAGAUUAUUAAUAUUUACAGCCGAAGCAUGGUGUUAAGGGUGCUAUUUGGCAGGCAGCUCAGGUUAAGCCAGCUGAGGAGGUUUCAAACAUCAUCGAGAAUCGCAGCCAGUAGCAGUUCUACAGAAACGCGGGCGAGGCAGCAACGGGAGGGUGUUGAGGAACCCAACAAUGAACCCAUUAAGUUCUUCGGAAGCCAAGCAGGUGCAUGGCGUGCAAAGGAGACUCGGUCCGGGGGCGCAGAUGAAGCGCUCUGGUAUCAGCCGUACGUUAUAUCCGCUAGCUUGGCUGCCUUCCUAAUCUACUUUUGCGUCCUUCGAGAGGAAAACGACAUUGACCAGAAAUUAGGGAAAAGCCUGUUCGACCAUAUUGAAGGAUUAGAAGAACAACAGCUGGUGAUUAUGUAUAAGUAUAACCGUGAAAAUGGCCUCGACAAUUCGCAGGUAGUGGCACGGCUAAAGGAGCUGAAUAUAGAUGUGAAGUCGGUAAUGAGCUAGAUCCUAAGAUAGUAACGAAAUUACUUGAUAAUGUUAGUUGUUAAAAGUCGCAAUAAAUAAUUGCUGUUAGUAGUAAA